CGGUGCGCUCAAUUUAUUCACCUCUGAGAGCAGUAUGUGAGACGAGCCACUUGUGUAUAAGUAGUCCAAUUUAGACUUCUGACACGUUUCUGCCAAAACGAGAGCACCCUAACGGAAAAAAGCUGAACCGCAGAUUAUUUCCAUCUCAUCACAGAGUUUCAUGUUUUUAAUUUAGGUCACUCCGGAGUGAACGAACUGGUACAUGCUGGCGGGAUGGACAGACCUGCAACAGAGCUGAGCACAGCACAAAUAAAACAGGAAUAUACUGGCACUGAUGACCCUUUAUCUGAGAAGGACGGUAUUGUCCACCCUGGCCCUGCAGGGACCCCUUUUUGGGCGGGGCCCCCUUCAAAUGCCAGUGUGCCAGGAAUACUUACCCGUGCUCACCAGCAUACUAUCCAGCCAGGAAUGGUGGACCCUCUCAGUUUGAGGUUCCACUGUCCAUGUCAGUCCGCUCAGUGUCAGACGACUUAUCCAGACAACCUCCUGGAGCACCAAUCGAAUCAGUGUCACCUGCUCACUGGCCCUGUCCUUGGUCCACCAGACAGCAGCCAUCACAGCUCAUUUUCUGCUCCUUGGUUUACUAGUGAACCUGUUCUCUGCAGUAUGAUGCUGGAGGACUUACACAUCCCUGUUGCCAGCAUCUUCGCACCACAAGCCAUGGCCAAUCAGCAGGUUCAGGAGGGACUGACUGAAAUCACAUCCCACAACACACAGCCUUUGGUGUGUAGUGUGAGUGGAGGUGGACAGGUUGUGCUGGUUAACCACUGUGAGCCAAGACCUUGGUUCCUUACCCUGGAAUCUGCACCAACACACAGAGACGAUUGCCCAGCUCAAGGGAAAGAUGUGAGUGUGUUGGGGACUCCCAGCCAGCCCAGCCAGAUGGCUUGUCCCCUGUACGAUUCCAGAGAUCAGAAAGCCAACAUGCAGCCCCGAGCCCCUCCAGCACGAGCUGUUGGAACUUUGUGUGAUUCAAAGUCCAGGAAACCCUGCCACUGCACCAGAUCCCAGUGCCUCAAACUAUACUGUGAGUGUUUUGCCACCGGAGUGAUGUGCAGCAACUGUGACUGCUCUAACUGCCACAACAAUGCAGAGCACGAAUUGAAGCGUCACAAGGCAAUUAAGUCGUGUCUAGGUCGUAACCCAGAUGCCUUCAGGCCUAAGAUUGCUGGUGGGAAGUCAGGAGAGGUUAAAGGUUGGCACAACAAAGGCUGCAACUGUAAACGCUCCAGCUGCCUCAAGAACUACUGCGAGUGCUAUGAGGCCAACAUCAUGUGCACCUCCAGCUGUAAAUGUGUUGGCUGUAGAAACUACGACGAUGGCUCCGAAAAGGGUCUCAAAGAAAAGACUGUCAAGGACAAAUGGCCUGUGUCAGUGAUAACCCCUGUGGUGGUGGAGGCUGUGUGCGGAUGUCUGCUGGCCCAGGCUGAGGAGGCUGAGAGGGAGGACCAGAGCCCCGCCCAGGCUGAGCACAUGGUCCUGGGCGAGUUCGGUCACUGUCUCACUCAGAUUGUCAAGGCCAUGUUCAAGCACGGUACAUACUGAGAGUUCAGAAUGACGCUGUGGAGACGUCUUUGGGUCGUACUCCCGAACCUCACCUGGUUAAUAUCGAAGCUCAGCCGUGUUCUCAGCUGCGUAUUUGGGUUUGGGAGCGUUUACAGUUCACUAUAGAUUUUUCUAAAUCUGGAGUUUGAAGCCUGUCACAUGACAAAAGCAAUACACAAAACAAUGACUGAAGCUUAGACACAGUUUAUUUGCUUUUGUGGCGACAUGUGUAUGUAUGUUUAUUUACAGGGUUUAAGUUUUAUUUUAAGGUCUGUAUUCUUUGCUUAGAAAGCUUUACUGGCCCAUGUAAAACUUGGGUUCUUGUUGAUUUGCUCCUGAGUGCUGUGAAUUUCCAGUUUUACUGUUUUAUUGUUAAAACAAAACGGACAAUGGAUUUUUGGAGGGUUGUCUGUAUGAUACGUUUAGAGCAGCGUUGCUGCGCUAGUUCUGAAUUAAAACUGUUGACCAUUUAACAUUCAGAGGCAUCGUGAAUGGACCGUUCCAGUGCUUUCUACUAUACAUUCCCUAUAAGGAGUCACUGCCCUUUGUACUUUAGAAAUAAUAAAAACAUAGACUGACCAAUCUGUAUGAUCGAAUGAAUGUAAAAAAUGUUUAACUUUACCUUAUUCAUUCUUGUUGUUCCAAUUGUUACCUGUUGGCCUGUUUUGGAUAUUUAAAAUAUGUAUACAUGUUUAUUUGUUUCUACAUUAGCCUUGAGAAGAAUUUAGUUUCUAGGCUGAACUGGUUCCAAAAUAAAAGUAUCGACAUCUA